AUGACUAUUGAAACAAUUGUCCCAGGAUUUUCCGUAUUUGAAAUUAACUCUAGAGUAACAAGUAAAAUAGAAGAAAGGUUAGAAACCAUCGGAGGGAUUAAAAAAUAUACCUCCACCUCAUCUGCAGACCGAUCCUUUAUCUUCAUUGAAAUUGAUACCGAAGCAGAAGCAGAAGACGUGAAAAGAAAGAUACGAGAUGAGGUCAGCGACAUUGCUGACUUUCCAUCAGAAAUGUUAAGUCGACCCAAAACUUCUGAAAUCAAAAUUGAUAACAUGCCCACUCUUUUACUGGGUUUGGUUUCUAAAAAUAUCGAUGCAUUUGAAUUAAGAGAAAAAACAUUAGAGCUUAAAAAUAUUAUCUUAAACUCUGAUCUCGUUUCCCAAAUUUAUGAAGACAUUCCCAAAAAACAACUUCACAUUUUACUUGAUAAAAAAAAAAUGAAGGAAUUCAAAAUCACUUUUGAAGAAGUUUAUCAAAUGAUCAAGUCAAGCCAAGUAAGGCUAACUGCUGGUAAUUUAGAAUCCAAAACCCAAAUCAAAAAUAUCAUCACAUUAUCAGAAGCACAAAAUCCAGAAGAAAUUGCUAAUAUUUCACUUCGUGCAAGUGGUCUUAAUGAAACAGAAGGAAUCGUUUUAAGAGUUAAAGAUAUUGGAGAAGUUCGCUACGCUCUAGAAAAACAAAAAUUCAUCACUAAGUAUAAUGGUAAAAAUGGGUAUAAAUUGGAUGUGGUUAAGAAACCCCAAAGUGAUAUUCUUGAUUUUUCAGAAAACAUCAUCCCAUUAGUCGAAAAAUUUUCAAAAGAUCACCCUAAUAUAGAAGUUGUCAUUUUAGAGAACGGGGCUUCAGAAACAGAACAACGCCUUUCCAUCGCUCUUAAUAAUGGCUAUACGAGUUUUGUUCUUAUUUUUAUUACUAUUUUUAUUUUCUUGAGAAAGUCUAUUGCGUUUUGGGCAGUUUUUGAAAUUCCUGUCACAAUUUUGCUGACUUUAACUCUCAUGUGGCUAACCGACAUCACCAUUAACAAUGUCUCACUUUGCGGCAUCAUCCUCACCCUUGGAAUUAUCGUUGACAACCCAGCCGUCAUUGGUGAACUUGUUUGCUCUUACCAAGAAAAAGGCUACUCAUCCGAAGAGGCAAGCAUCAUGGGAGUGAAGAAAAUUUUUAAACCCCUUCUCUUUGCUUUGAUUACUAAUAUUGGAGCUUUCCUUUCCAUAUUCUUUAUUCCAGGGAUGUUAGGUGAUUUUGCCAUUGAAAUACCCAUCACAGUGAGUUUCAUGAUGCUGUCAAGUUUUUUUGAAUCCAUGUUUAUUCUACCAAGUCACCUUGCACACGCUAAAUUAACAAGCAAACAACCCUAUGGAGAUGUCUUCAUUCAAAAACUUAUCAUCUUCUAUCAGAAACUUUUGAUCAGGUUUUUGAAAAGGCCUUUUAUUUAUUUCCUUUUGAUUUUAGCCUUAGCUACUGGAGUAGCCUUUUGGUCUAUUCAACAAAUUAAUUUCUUUCUUUUCUCAAAUGAUCAAGCAAGUAAAAUCUUCAUUUCUGGAUCCACUCAAUUAAACAAAAACCUUAAUUUUACGAGUGAGCAGGUCGCUAAAAUAGAAAAGAUCAUCGACCAAUUGCCAGAAAACAUUGUCCAUGCUUACAGAACCAUUGUGGGUGGCAAUGCAGAAAAUAAUUUCAAUAUUUACCUAUCCCUUACCCCUUUCCUUGAAAGAGAACUUAUUGCCCAAGAGGUGCAAGACUUUAUUAAGCAAGCCAUAUCCCAUGACCCCAACAUUAAAUUGAACUCCAUUGAUUUUCAUAUUGACUCUGGUGGACCACCUGCUGGAAAGCCUAUAGAGGUGAAUAUUUUUUCACACAACUCACAAACUCGAAAAAAAGUCGUUGAUUUCGUCAAGCAACACAUGACUACCCGAAAUUACUUUUCGGGAAUCUCCACCGACUUAGAAGAAAACCAAUCCGAAUUUAAAGUGACUCCUAAUGAACAGAUCUCCUUUUCGGGAAUCACUACUUCUAGUAUUGCAAACACCCUUCGAUUUUCUUAUGAAGGAGUUAAAGUCAAUGAGGUUCAUCAAGAUAAUGACAAUCUCGAGUGGGUUAUUAAACUUGACGAAGCAUCAAGAAACAUUGAAGACCCAUUAGAAGAUAUUUACCUCCUCAACCCUCUCAGGCAAUUAGUUCACAUCAAAGAAUUAGUGAAAUUGGAAGAAUCUACUGGCUUACCUGAAAUAAUCAAGGAACAAGGAAGAACUAAAAAUACCAUUACAGCCAGUUUUGAUACCGAGAAAGUGAACUCGGGUUUGAUCAUUGAAGAAUUGAGCCAGGAAUAUUUUCCCUUGCAAGAGCAGUAUCCAGAUUUGAAAAUCACUUUUUCUGGAGAAGCAAUUGAGAGUCAAGACACUUUAACGAAAUUUAGUUUUGCUAUUCUUGCAUCUGUGUUUUUUAUUUAUUUAAUCCUGGUAAUUCAAUUUAAAAACUUAAGCCAACCAUUCCUUGUUAUCUCUUCAAUACCCUUUGGAGUCGUUGGCAUUUUUUUUGCUUUCGCCUUACAAGAUAUGAACAUCACCUUCCUUACUUUGAUUGGAAUUCUCGGCUUCAGUGGAGUAGUAAUUAAUUCUUCCAUUAUUAUGAUCGACUUCAUUAAUAGCCAAAACAAAGAAAGUCAUCCUGAAACAGUCCCCUCUUUGUCUGUUCAGCAAGCUGUGAUUCAAGGGGCAAUAGCAAGGUUUCGCCCUAUUUUAAUCACUUCCAUCACCACAGUCAUAGGAUUCAUCCCUAUUGCUUAUAAAGUGAUAGGAGAAACAGACAGUAUUGUCUCUCCUAUGACUAUGGGGAUGCUUUGGGGAAUGCUUUUUGGAACUCUAUCUGCUUUGUUUAUUGUACCGAUAUUGUUUAUUAUUAAUGAUACAAUAGUGAACUAUUUUAAAGAUUUAUUUAGGAAAACAAAUUAG